UGAUGAUGAUUCUUGUUAUUUAAAUUUCCAAUACUACUUUAAUAAUGUUUUGGAACUUGCUGGACUUGCACCAGCUCCAUUUUGUGGUAUGAUACUUGCUGAUUUUGGAGCAUCAGUAAUAACUGUCAACAAGACUGGAGAAUUUAGCCAGGGUGCACUGCAUCAUGGUAAAAAAUCAAUAGCAUUAAAUCUUAAAUCAAAAAAAGGAGCUGAGAUAUUUAAAAGAUUGAGUGAUCAAAGUGAUAUUGUCAUAGAUCCAUUUAGAAAAGGUGUCAUGGAAAGACUUGGAUUAGGACCUGAUGUUUUAACAAAGUCAAAUAAAAUGUUGAUAUACGCCAGAUUAACUGGUUUUGGUCAAAAUGGUCCUUACUCAAAAAUGGCUGGACAUGAUAUUAAUUAUGUUGGAUUAUCAGGUCUAUUGUCAUUAUUUGGUAGAGAAAAUCAAAAACCAACACCUCCAGUUAAUUUUGCUGCUGAUUUUGCUGGUGGAGGUUUAACAUGUGCAAUGGGAAUUAUUUUAGCUCUUUAUGAACGAGAAAAAAGUCAAAUGGGACAAGUUAUUGAUACAUCAAUGGUCGAAGGAACAGCAUAUGUUGGUAGUUGGCUUUUUAGAACUCAAGAUCAUCCUAUGCUGUGGGGAAGACCACGAGGACAAAAUCCAUUGGACACUGGUGUACAUUUUUAUGAUACUUAUGAAACUCAAGAUGGAAAAUUCAUGGCAGUUGGUGCUUUAGAGCCUCAAUUUUAUAAUAUAUUACUUGAAAAACUUAAUUUAACAAAUGAUCAACUUCCACAGUAUGAAAAUUUUGAAAAAAAUCGUGAAAAACUUGGUGUUAUAUUUAAACAAAAAAAACAAGAUGAAUGGAGUAAAAUAUUUGAUGGUAGUGAUGCUUGUGUAACACCAGUUUUAUCAAUUGAUCAAGUUAAAAAUCAUCCACAUAAUAAAGCAUUAGAUAGUUUUUAUUAUGAUGAUAAAAGUGGUAAUAUUAUUCCAAAACCAUCACCACGUUUAUCAAGAACACCUGGACAAUCAAAAGCUAUUAAUUUUACAAGUCCAGCUGCUGGAGAAAAUACAAGAGAAAUACUAUCAGAAAAUGGUUUUAAACCUGAAGAAAUUGAAGAUUUUUUAUCAAAUGGAAUUGUCCAACAAGUUAAUAGAAAAUCAAAAUUGUAAUUGAACAAGAAAAAUAUCAUAUAUAUUUUAUAAUUGUUGUUAUUUUUUACUUUAGACUAAAAAAAGUGGUCGUUUCGUUGAUGAACUUUACAGGUAGAUUGCUUACUUAAAUUAUCACAUAAUACAUAAAUCAAAAUAAAAACAAAGCAGAAUGACCUGAAGAACAUAUUACGAAGUAUCAUGGGGUUUUAAACAACAUCAUGAAUGCAAUUACAUCACGACAAUUAUUAAUUUUUAAAAAAUCCUACCUUUUUAGUAGAUGCUCGUCUUUCCAACCUUGUUAUCAAAACGCUCCAACGUCAUGUAGUAGUUUAUGAUGAUUCUCUAUAAUCAGUAACGUUGUGUAGUAGAUCAUGAUGGUUUUAUCUGAUCAGCAGUACAGGUUCAAUGAUCAUUGAUCACACUGGAUCACACAUAACACAAACACUACACGCACAAACACUUUUCACCACUAUCACCACUUUUACACGACAAAAAAUUUAUAUGGUUUAUAAAUGAAUUUAGUUUUUUUUUUUUAUAUUAAAUUACCAUUAAUAGUUUAUACUUGUUGACUUGAUAAUUCACUUAUUAAUAUUAUUAUAUACUUUUGAAAUAGUUUAUUAUUGUUAUUAUUUCGAAACGAUUU